AUGUUUCGAAUAUCAAAUUGUUCAUUAAUUGUUCAAAAUUUGAACAGAAAAACAUUUCUUAACUCCGGAACAUUGACAAGUUUACGCCUCUAUUCAUCUGCUUCUACCCCAACAAGAGGAAGAGGAAAAAAGGGCCUCUCUGAACCAUUUGAGGAAAGGAAUAUCGAGGAGUACCCCAAUGAAUUCUGUGCUGUGCACACCAACUACGGCUGGUUUACCGUUCCAUUACAUUACUAUGGUUAUGACUGGACAUCAAAUCACAUCAACAAACUUGUAGAAGACAGUUUUCCAGAUAUAGCGGAAAACCCCAGGGAUAAAUUUGUUAUUCAGCAGAAAGUAGAUGAAUGGAUUCCAAGUGUAGACACAUCCAUUAUACCUAAGAGCCACAAGCUCACCAAGAGAGAAGGUCAGAAAAUUAAGAAGGAGGAACUUUAUCGGAAGCAAUUGAAAGUAGAAAUUGAGCCCAAAGCCAGCAAAGAUUCCAAAUCUGCAUCAGCAAAUGAAAAGAAGACAAUAGCUUCCAUGCCAGAAGAAAGCAGCAAAGAGGUCAAAGAAGAUAUUGCUGGAAUUGUUUCCUAUACUCAAACGUGGAACUACUACUUUUCACUCAAGUAUGCCAAAUCUGAAGAGCCGUAUCUUAUAGCUAGAAAGAAUAUUUCUCAGUCAUGGGCAUCUCUAUCUCCAGCAACUAAAGAAAAGUAUAGACUCGAAUAUGCCCAAUUACUUUUGUCCGGCAGAGAUAUCUACAAAGGAAAGAUUAUCACGAUUGAAGAAAAGGAAAAGAAGAACCAAUCGUUUGCGAAGUACAAAAAGACCUUGAAGGAAAAGGAAAUGAAAAGAAAACAGGAACUUAUAGAUCUAGCAGAAAACGACUGA